AUAUACAAGGGAAGUAACAACAUUCGCUUCCUGUUCGAUGACCUAACAAUGUUUGAGCUUGAAACAUAAUGGAACGGAAAUGUUUGUAAAAGAGCAUAUCACGACGCACAAAACGUGUAGGUCACAAUGUGAUUUGAUGAUAUGGAUUGUUGUUUAAACCGACUGGAAAGCAAAAUGGACGUUCUUUUGCUGCUAUUUUGUGUUGAAAUAUAAACAACAUGGCCGCCGCGAUGGCGACAUUUCUUUGAAAUUAUAUUUUCAUGGUAACGAUUCAUGAUUUUUUUGUGAAUGGAUAAAAGCACAAAACAAAUGUAUCUACAAAUUGCAUUGUUAAUAACUGCAUCGUUGGAAUCAUUUGUAUUCGUUAAAUCGUUCAACAAUGGAAGUGGUCAUGCAAGUUUCCGAAUCUCAACCUGUUCAGGAACCAACAAGUAAAAAUGGGUCAACGGAGAAAAGCGAGAAAGAUCCAAAUUUAGAGUUAGUGACGCCUCAGGAGAGUGAUGCACAAAAAAAUGGUGCUCACACGAACACUGCAAAAUCGCCAAGAUGUGACAAUAUUGAGGUAAAAAUGGAGAUAACUAAUUGUAUAGCAAAUUCAUCUUCCGUGGAAACUGUGGACAGACAAACACCAAACUAUAACGGGUCCACAGAGAAAGGUAAACCUCCAGAAUUAACAUCACACACUGAGAGUCUACCAAGAAUUGAAACACAGGUAACACAGGCAGAAAAAAGUGCAUUGAAAGGUGAUAAUCAGUCAUUGAAAUGUGAAAGCUCAAAUCUAGUGUCUUCUUACAAUAGGAAUGUGACUUCCUGUGGACCUUUUAUGAGUAGCAUUGAUGCUGUAAUAAAUUCUGUUGCUCAUAAUAUACCACCAGACGAACCUAGUGAACAUAAUGAUAGUGCUAAAAGUACCAUUAUUAAUCCUCAUGCUGUGCAAAAUUAUGAUCAUCCACCCCAUUAUUUGAAUCAGACAAAUCCAAAACAAACACAAGUUCCUCAAGCAAACUAUGGUGAUCGGACAGUAAAUCAACCGUACAACCCUCAAAUGUUUCCUCAUUUGAAAGGUCAGACAAUAACAUCUAGUGCAAGCUAUGGGGUACCCAAUAAUCCCCAUCUUGGUAGUGCUUCUGAACAGCUUAGCAGUUUAGUAAAAUCUCAUGUAAUUGAUUCUGGUGGUGAUCGUAUACCAAAUGAUCAACAGCCACCAGGACAUCAUCCUGGGAUUAGACCCGAGAUGCAUACCAAUAUUCCAACUGGCACACCAAUAUAUAAUCAUCAGCCCAUGUACAGACCUGGGUAUGACCCUAACUCAGCUAUGCCAGUUCAUCCGCCUGUGGACAUGCAUCAGCAGGGGCCACCUGCUACUCACGUUAGACCACAGAAAGAAAUCCCAAGUCAAAACACGAAACAGCCACGAAUUCCACACAAAGGAGGAGCACGGAGGCAGCAGAGACCCAGUCAGCAUCAACAGGAAAUACCACAGGGAAUGAGGCCACGGAUGAUGCCUGACCAGUUCAACAGAGGUAUGCGCCCUAUGCCAGUCGUUGAUCCAAGAUUAAUGUCCACCUAUUUUAGUCCAGAGAAUAUCAGGAUGUUACAGAUGCGUUACCCUGAUCCCCGCAUGAUGCCUCCUCAGUUGCUUCAGCAAAUGCAAAUUUUUGCACGAAUGCAUCAAGCACAGCAGCAGGCCCAGCAACAACAACAGCAGCAGGGAGUGCGUGGUACACAUCCUCCAUCAUCUCAACCCACAGGUGUUCCUGUGACCCCAGGAUUCCCACCACAUAUGCAGGGCAUACCUCCCCAGUCUCAAGCCAGUAUAAUAACUAGUCAACAAAUGAAUGUUGAGGCCUCACAGCCACCUACAUGUAAUUCCAAUGCAGUAAAACACCCACAUCAUCUUGUUCCACCUCAUCCAGGACAAACUUACCUACAUGCUUCUAUGUCUCAGCAUCCACAUGAAUCUGGGAAACAGGGACUUAAUUCUCAAGCUCAAGAAGCCCCCGUUUCACGCGGUCAACCAAUUGAUAUGAACUUGACUUUUACAAAUGGCACAGAAAUUCAUAGCCAGUCAGGCAUACAAACUGCACUAGCAUCGACCUCUGCUCCUCACUUACCAAGUGAUGCCCUGAAUCGCCCCUCUUCUGCUGGUAGACCGUCAUCCGCCAGCAGGCCCCCAUCUGCUGGUAGGCCCCCUUCAGUCGGGAGACCGUCAUCAGCUAACCGACCUCCUUCAGUAGGCCGGCCUAUGUCAGCAGAACCUCCCUUAAAUCGGCCCCCAUCUGUCAAUCGUCCUCCAUCAAGAAAUAGUCGUCCACCUUCUGCUGAUUCUUCAGGUCAGCCUCUAUCUGUGGGUCGAAGUCCAUCCACGCCACAAUCGGAGGCGGGCUCCACCUCAUUAGGAACCACUGCAUCCCCUGCUGGUUCUGAACCAGCAUUUUCUACUGCAGAUAAAUCUUCACUUCCCACAGCCAGUACAAUUCCAUCCUCCCUGCCAGACCCCACAGCUAUUAUGCAGUCAUUAACAACCCCAUCUAGUCAACCAUCCCCGGCAGUGCCCAGUGCAGUCAUUCAAACACCUUACAUGGAGGAAACUUCCCGAGAGGGAGCCCCAGAUGGGGAACAACAAAAAGCUACCCUGAAGCGGUCAGGUGGACCUCCUCAUUCUUCCACAUCUGCUGCCCCAAGCAUGCCUCCUCCCUUUGGACCUCCAACAUCCAUGGGACCUAUACCACAGGGUUACGUGCAGACCCCAUUUGGUAUGCUGCCCCACCAUUCUCCAGGAAUGACCCAGGGAGGUGUACCGUUCUCAGGAAUAAGUGGACACAGGAUGAUGCCUCCACACAUGCGGAUGCCUGGAUUUCCGGGUCAGAGUUUCCAAAUGCCACCCCACAUGCAGAGACUGCCACCUCCCCAUGGAGGACCUCUGUCUCCUAACUCUAUGCAAGCUAUGGCUUCUCUAGCUCAGAGAAUGCAAGCUCCGCCUGUCAGUGGUCAGAAUGUUCGACCAGGGAUACCUUCCAGCCAGCCAGGGAUGGGGCCACGUGGUAUAAAUCCUGCAGUGCCUCCUGGCUCCAUGGAUGGAACACAGGCAUAUGACUUUUACAGAAUGCCAUUUGGUGUCGGUCCCCAACAGAGGCCGCCAGGAGGCCCUACUGCUGAACAUCCCCCUCGAGGACCCAGAUCUAAAGGGUUGCGUCAACCUCGUCCAACAGCACCACUUCAGAUGCCUCCAAAUAUGCCACCUAAUGUUGAGCAUGGUUUGGUCUCCCCUGUUCAAGUCAUGCCCGGAAUGAUGCCGAGUCAACAUGGUAAUCUGCCAUCUGAUCCCAUCUCGCAGAACUUACAUUCCCAGGCACGUCCCCCCAGUAUAAGUAUUGGACCUCAGCCUUCCCCCCAUGAUAGUUCCACCCCUAGUCCUCAGGUACCAGCAACACCACCAGCCAAUGUCGAUCCGAACCUUUUGGAUGAAAUGGUUCAGAAUACUAAAGUCAAGCAGGAACCAACAGAGGCUGGUAUAAAAACAGAGAUGACCACUGAGCAACAGAAUGCACUACUGAAGCAUCUUCUUGGAAAGGGGAAAUCUUUCUUAUCUGAGGAGCGGGAGGACGGAGUCACCUUGACUCCAGAACAACAGAGACAGCUUGAGUUCAUUGAAAAUAUGCCACUGGUGAUGGAACAAGAGGCCAAGACACCAGAGGAAAAGGAGCGAUUACUAGAAUUAAAGAAGCAGGCUUAUGAACAGAGAAGGAAAGAAUAUGAACAACUGCGGAAACAGAAACGCAAGCAACAGAACGCAGAAAACAAGAAGAGAAAGCGGAAAGAGAAAGAAGCUGAGGCGGCUUUGAUGGUAGAUCCCAAUCAACCCGUGCCGCCAGUGAAGAAACGGCCGAGGAAAAAGAAGGCGGAAUCCGUGGAGGAAGAUCUGGAUGCCAAGGCAAACCACUUCCUGCAAAUGCUAGGGACACUCCCAUCUGUUACACUACAGGAACCAAAAGUGGGCAAUUUUUUCUCCGUGUUACAUGUUCCAGGAAGCCCCAAUGUCCUCUCAGGAGAUAACUCUCUGAAAGGGAAUUUUGGAAAUAGUUACCUUGAGGGUGUGGCUGACUUUUAUGGAAAUACGUUGCUUCAUGGAUUGCCUCCCCUUGGAUCCUUUGUUAGGAUGCCGAAACAUCGAGAUAUUGAGUCCAGGAGGCAGUUCAUCAGAGGGGGUCAGGACGAAAGUGGUCCAGAUCCUUACUCAGACCAGCAGCGAUACCAGCUGACUUCUGACAGAUUCCCUGUUUCAGGGCCUUCGCUAGGAUUACCUGGUCUGCCACCAUUCCUAAGCAGGGGAGACAAACCUCCCAUUCCAUCUCUACCCCCAUCUCCACGAAUAGAAUCAAGACUGGAACAGUCAAAGGGAAGUGACAGUCCCUGUACGGUGGUCUCGUCCUCUUCCCCGGAACACGAGUUUGGUGAAUUGGAUGAGGAAUUCCCCAUGUUAAAACCGAUAGAGCCUGCCUCAGCUGCUGAUGACAGGUCCUCCCCGCUGGUCCCCAUUCUGCAACCGGUUGCAAUCAAGUCCAUACCAUUAAAGCCCAAGGAAGAGUUUCCAAGAAAGAUCAAGUCAGAAACUGUAGAAAAAUCCAAGGCUGUCACUGACUCUGACAUAGCAGAGAGGAAAUUAACCUUGUCUGAUAAACAUGAAAACGGAAAAAUGCCGCCAAACUUGUCAGCUUUGACUCGACCUUUCCAGAAUGCUAAUCUGAAUCAGGACAUCUCUGUUACCCUGACUCUGUCCGCCAAUGCUGCGGAUGACAUCGGGGGAGUCUUGUCUCAGAUUGCGGAGCUGUUGAAGAUUGCUGUGCCACCUUCUUAUGAAGUGGGCAGUAGAAGUCCCUCUCCAGAGCAAGGGAAAAUCAAUUCCAAGCACUUGGAAGACAGAGUUAAUGUUCAGCAUCUCAUAAAAUCGAAAGCCAAAUUCUGUCGACUGUGUGACUGCUAUGUUUAUGACUCAGGAUUCAGAAAACGAAAGUGUGAUAUACCAUUCUUGGCAAAAGAAGAUUACUUCAGUAUGAAGGACUUUGAUGAUGAAGAGGUGACAUUUUGCACAGAGAAAUGUUAUACAAAGUUUGCCACAGUGUAUCAAGAGAUCAACAAACCUCCGCCCGAGGAUCCAAUGAAGACCUUAUCUCUGACAAAGCACCACUCUUCAGAUUUCAGUCCCAGAAGUAUGGGUAGUCACACCCCCUCCACUCCCACAAAGAGUGACUCCGCCCUCACCCUCACCCCCACCACACCUAACUCCAUGGGAGCCUUGACCCCCAUCCAUCCAAGUCCUCCCAUCAAGUCUCGACUAGAGGACAAAAUCAGCAAAAAACAUCGAAGGACUGCGAGCAUGGAGGCCCAACCUCCCAAGCCUCUGGUGAAGAAGUAUAAGAAUGUGAGGUAUAGACGCUGGGAUCCUUCAUUUACCGACACGUUACCACAGGAACCAGGUGUCCCAGAGAAAGAAAUACGAAACCUAUGGAAAGCCCUAGGAACAAUCAUUGUGCCAAAAUCUUUGCCAGAGGACAGCAGGAAGUGUGUGUUCUGUCAGCAGUUUGGAGAUGGGGAGACGGAUGGACCGGGCAGAUUGUUGAAUAUGGACAUAGAUAGCUAUGCCCAUUUAAACUGUGCUCUUUGGUCAUCAGAGGUGUAUGAGACUUUGAAUGGGGCCCUGAUGAAUGUAGACAUGGCUUACAAACGGGGACUGAAAAUAGAAUGUGUUGCCUGUGGAAUCAAAGGGGCCACCGUUGGCUGUUUUAACAAUCGUUGUCCAAAGUAUUAUCAUCUUGGUUGUGCUAAAAAAGUUGGAUGCAUGUUCUUUCAAGAUAAGACAAUCCUGUGUCCCUCCCAUGCAGCUAAACAGGGGGCUGAGAAUGUCCUGGAGUCUCUGUCCGUGUUCCGGAGGGUCUACAUCAACAGGAGCGAGGACAAACAAGUGGCCAAUAUGGUGCAUGGCCAGGAGGAGGGCCAAUAUAUUCUUCGGAUUGGUUCUCUAACGCUACACAGCGUGGGCCAGCUCUUACCUCAUCAGCUACAGACCGGCAGGUUCCACACCAGGGAUUGUAUUUAUCCAGUUGGGUAUAAAUCUAGUCGAUAUUACUGGAGUAUGAAGCGAUUGUACAAGAGAUGUCGCUAUGUGUGCAGCAUUGUGGAUAAUGAUGGACAUCCGGGAUUUGUGAUCAGAAUGGUGGAAGUAGGACAAGAAGAUGUGAUUUUCCAAGAUGUAUCGCCAAAGGCUGUGUGGAACAGAAUCCUAGAGCCAUUAGAUAAACUCAGACGGAAUGCAGACCUGGUGAAAAUUUUUCCAUCUUUCACAAGUGGAGAGGAACUGUUUGGUUUAACAGAGCAAGCUAUAGUCCGGGUCCUUGAAUCGCUUCCUGGUACAGACCUGCUGACAAACUACAACUUUAAGUUUUCCCGCUCCUUGAGAAUUGAGAUGCCUCUGACUAUUAAUCCCACCGGCUGUGCUCGCACUGAGCCAAAAUUAAGGACCCAUUUCAGAAAACCCCACACCCUACAGUCAGCCAACACCUCAAGAUCCCUCCCUCAAACUGUGACAGGGGUCUCAGGAGACAUUAACUCGCCAUACAUGAAACAAUUUGUUCACUCCAAGUCUGCACAAUACAGGAAAUUAAAGACUGAGUGGAGGACAAAUGUUUACCUUGGACGAUCCAGAAUUCAGGGUCUUGGUUUAUUUGCUGCUCAUGACCUGGAGAAGCACACAAUGGUGAUAGAAUAUAUUGGGUAUCUCAUCAGGAAUGAGGUGGCAAACAGGAAAGAAGUGUCAUAUGAGGAACAGAACCGAGGGGUGUACAUGUUUCGUAUCGACAAUGAUACAGUGGUGGACGCCACGAUGGCUGGGGGUCCUGCUCGUUACAUCAAUCACUCCUGUAACCCCAAUUGUGUGGCAGAGGUUGUACCAUUCGACAAAGAAAGCAAAAUUAUCAUCAUCACUAAUAGGCGCAUACCAACUGGAGAGGAGCUGACUUACGAUUACAAGUUUGACUUUGAGGAUGAGCAGCACAAGAUUCCAUGUUGUUGUGGAGCUCCCAACUGUAGAAAGUGGAUGAACUGAAAAGUCAACCCCGAGUGGAUAAAAUGUGAUGUAAUUCCAUGUUGUGGAGCUUCUAGCUGUAGAAUGUGGAUGAACUGCUAAGUCAUCCGUCAUGUGGAUUGAUGUGUUGUGAUUCCAGACAUUCUGUCAAAAAACAAACCCAAACUCCAGAUCAAAUAGGAGAGGCUAUUUCAGCUUAGAAUAAGAAAGUAUCCCCUUGAGGAGAAGUGAUAUUUCCUGUGUAUUUGAAUAGAUAGAAAUGUUUGUGGCAGAAUUAUAGGCUAGUGGCAUUGAUUGCCAAGUACAACAAAACGAGGUGACUAAGGAUGUGAUAUAUUGGCAAGAAGGAUCACAACGAAGCUCUUAUGAUUAAUUUAUAGUCAGUCGCGCAGGAUGGAAAUUCACAAGACUCUGUAGAGAUUUGUCAGAAAACUUCAGAGGCGGCAUGAGAAACCCCUCAAAUACGUUGAUAAAUCUGUAGUGUGGAUUGUGUGUUAUUUAUACAUGUUGCAAGAAAUUGGGGUGGUGUUCCUCAAGUGUGUGUGACAGUUUUUCACAGGAAUGUUGAAGAGUGCAAUUGCUUAUAUAUAAUAAGAUAAAUCAAUAUUGUUUUGUAUGAUGCUGAUAGUAUUAUAAAUUUGUACAAAUGAAUAAUAUUCCAAUCCCCUUAUGCAAGUAGUGUAAACAUAUGAUUUUUAAAUUUUUUUUAUCAAAUAGCUUUUAAUCUCCUUUGAUGUGGAUUUUCGCUAAUUCAUGUUAAUGACAAGACAGUGAGAUUUAUGAAGUGAAUUUUCUCAUGAUACAAGACUCAGAUUUUGUCAUGCUUAGUAUUAACCAAGCAUAAUAAAAGUAAUUUGGUGAGUGUGAGUCAAAUAUCAGUCAACAGACACGGAUUUGCACACACAACACACACACACACUUACACACAUAUAUCUUUGUCCAAUAAUGCACAUAAUAGGUAGAAUAAUGAGGAAAAGCACUUUAUGAAUGAUUAGGACAGAUAGACAUUGAAUUUUGGAUUAUAAUGUAUAUUUAGCUUGUUGAAGUUAGGUAUGGAGACUGAUUUUGGACAGUACUGUAACAAUGGACUACCUCAGGAAGAUGACAUUUUGUACAAAACAUCAUAACGGAAAUCCCAGACUUAACUAAGUGCUGUAUCGCAUGUAUUUAACCUUCAUCUGUAUAAAUUCAUCACUUUUUGUCAAGUAUGACUGUUGCAGUCAUAUUCUGAGAUUUUUAUAACCAUGAGUACGGGAGAGUGUUCGAAUCGCAGCUCUGCAUUCCAUGAGGGAGCGACGUAUAGAUACAGUUGACUCUUAUUGGACAUUUGUGGUCGGUGUCGAAAGUGGUGUGUUAGUGACGUAUGUGGCCUUCUAACGAUCUCACCAGCACUAGGCAGCAUGGCUGUUAUAUGUAAAUUGUGUGUAAAUUUAGUGUAUCAACAUUGAAUUUCAAGGACAUGAAUUAAAUCAUUCAUAUGUUAUUACAAAACCAGUUUUCAAUACUAUUAUGUGUUGAUUAAUGUAUAUCAAUUACUCAGUUCAUUUCACAUUAUAUAAACAUGUACAAGUAUAUCACAGUCAUCCUAUAUGCAUAUUUAAUAGAAAAAAAUAUAGUUGACAAUUAUAUAUUCUAGCUUUUUCUUGUACCUUUGUGAUCUUUGAUAGACUUUCACUUUUGGUCUUGUUGAUUAAUUUAAUUGUGGUUCCUUUUUAUUACACUUAUACAUCAUGUUUUCAAUAUACCCAUGUUUUCUUCCCUGGUUGGUUUUGUUUUAGCUGUGGUUGAUAUGUGUAGAAGUUUCAUAGACUUGUAGAGGACAGCGUGAACAGUUCUACGUUGAUCUGCACACAUGUAAUAACGUUUCAUUUCUCGUACAUUGUAAUUAUCAUCAGCUGACUUUUAACACACACACAAAACUAGAGCCACACAGAUCUGAAUAAGUAAGUACAUUGGACUGUUUGGUAAUGGACAUUCUCAUGAUUACUUGUAUUCUGCCUACUCUGACGAAAUUUUUCAGUGAAAAAUCAUAAUUUGAAAGAUGUUGCAGUUUAUUCCCAUCACAAAUCAGUCUAGAUUCCUCUAUGGUGUUUACAUUAAUUAAAUCGUGUCUUAAGUUGUAAGUUUCAAUGAUUGUACAGUCUUGGCUUGAAAUGUUUGUCUGUCUGUGUUUGUUGUUACUGGUCAGAGAUUAUAUUGUACAGAUUUUUUUUCCCUGUCGUAGUGUAAUGUCUUAUCUAUACAGAGUAGUCUAUCUUGUUAUAUUUGUUAUGCAUAGAUUAUAUAGAUGUGUUAAAAGACCCCACAGCAUCUUCAAAUUCCAAUUUGGUUGUUUCCCUCCGUGUGUUAAUUAAAUCAGCCCAAGAUUUUCAUUUUUUUUUAACUGGUAUUGUAACGGAUGUUUUCUUUACACUGUGUGUACAGAGUGCAUUUUGUUGAACGAUAUUACAAGAAGAAUAGUAUUUCAAGUCCUGAUUUAACAUAUUUAUUACUCGUAAUGAAGAAAAUAUUUACUAAUAUUUGAGUCUAGUACUUGUCAUAAUUUUCAUGUUUUCAGGUUAUGCUGUUUUACCAUAAAAUAUACUUAUAUUAAUGCAGAGUUAGCCCAGCCUGCUGUAUUGUUUUUAUUUAUAUAUUGCCAUUAAUUUCUCACACUGUACAUUCAUCACUCUCCGUGUAGACCUGGGAAGUGGAAAGGGAGACAACUUGUGUCGUUUCUUCUGAUUUAAUCUAUACAGCAAUAAAUAAAAGUUUUAUACGGGAAGAAUCACACAUGUUUUGUGCAAAUAUAGAAUUGUCAUGAAA